AUGGAAAUCUCACACCCCCGUCGUAUCCUCGCCGUAAGCCCACCCGAUUCCGGCCUCCUCGAACUAGUAAAAGGUCUCACGGGAACAGUGCCCUCUCUCCCAACAGACUCAAUAGCAGGCACAACGCACAACUGGCCAACCAAAACAAACUACUACACAGCCAACAUCCCCAUCUGGCUCGACGAAAUCUCCAACCCCAAAACAUGGUCAGCUGAGUUCCUCGCCCCAGAGGCAAGGGAAGUGCUCACGGUGCUGGGUGCGUUCGUUGUGUGUUUUCGGAAACCUGUAGAUGAGUCCUCGCUCAGGGGCAUUAAUGAGCUGCUGCAACAUGUGGCCGAAGUUGUGAAGGAAGGCUGUGGGUAUGCGUGGGAUGGCGCGUGCUUGGCUGUGGCGAUGCCGCAGUCUACGACGCCGUUUCUGGAGAAGAGCUUUGAGGAGUGGGAGGAGCUGUGUCAGGAUCACGGUUUUGAGUUUGUGGAUUUUGAGAGUAAGGGCAGAAAUGAGUUUUCUGAGCCGAUGGGACUUGAGAGGCUGAAGGAGGCGCUGGAGACGAAUGAUUGGGAAGGUGCAGAUGAGCUUGAUCCUGUUAUUGAUCCUGGUGAUCUCGACGAAGGAGAGGAUGACGAGGACGUGGGAAGUAUGGGGUUUGGGAUAGAUCCUACAGAGAUGGCGGAUGAGAUGGCUGGAAUGAAGCGUGCUAUCUAUGGUGGUAGCCUGGGUGAGGAUUCCGGGGGAGAUGAAAAAGCUGAAGAUGAUGAAGUAGAAAAGAUGCAAGCUAUGAUGCUGAAGUUGCAGGCAGUGAGAGAUAUGGGUGCCGAUUUGCCAGAAGCAGAGAGAAAGAGACUUGCUUCCAAGACUGUCAACGAUAUAAUGAAAACAAUGUAG